GGGUAUUUUGAUGGGUGUUUCACUGACUACAAAUGGUGAACAAAGAAUAUUAUUGUUUUGUUUCUCUUUUCAUAUUAGGAGAUUAAGAUAUGUUCACAAGAUCAGAGGCUGUUCUCCUGGUCAUUUUUUCAUUUAUGACGAAGUCUAACUCGUAUGACUCAUAUGGAGACUACCAGGACCAAAUGAGGAAUUAUUAUGACUCACUGUAUCAAAGAUCUUUUACUAAAGAAAAGCCAAACAGAGAUGCUGGACCAUCAAACUUUAUAGAUCUCAAAAUGCCUGGCGUUCACCCAGAGGAGCAUGACUCAUACCUUUGUACAGCUAUGGAUCUUGAUCGUCACAAGGAAGCCUAUAUUGCUGGAUUUGAACCUCAUGAUGAAAUGCAUACAGCGCAUCAUAUGUUAUUGUUUGGGUGCCCAGCUCUAGGAGAAGUGGCUUUGGCUAGCAAUGGAAAAUUUUGGAAUUGUGGGGACAUGGGAUCAGGUGUGUGCGGUGGUGUAGAAGAGAAGAUAAUGUAUGUAUGGGGAAUAAAUGUUCCAAAGUUGAAGUUACCUCCUGAUGUUGCCUUUGAAGUGGGUGGUGAUUCUGGUGUGAAUUAUCUUGUACUUCAAGUUCACUACAAAAAGGUUGAUCAUUUCUUAGGUAUUUGUGUAUAACUUAUUUAGAAAAGAGAAAGGGGACUAGCUGGCUUCCUGAAAUAACUCCAGAGUUAA